AUGUGGGGGAGGCUCUGGCGCCUUCUCCUGAGUGUCCUCACAGCAACUGCAGUCCCGGGACCCUCGCCACGAAGACCAUCCAGAGAACUAGAUGCCACCCCGCGGAUGACUAUCCCCUAUGAAGAGCUCUCUGGGACCCGGCACUUCAAGGGCCCCGCCCAGAACUACUCGACACUGCUGCUGGAAGAGGCCUCAGCAAGGCUGCUGGUGGGAGCCCGGGGCGCCCUGUUCUCUCUCAAUGCCCGCGACAUAGGAGACGGGGCACACAAAGAGAUCCUCUGGGAGGCCUCCCCGGAGAUGCAAAGCAAAUGUCAUCAAAAAGGAAAAAACAAUCAGACCGAGUGCUUCAACCAUGUGCGGCUCCUGCAGCGUCUCAACGCCACCCACCUCUACGCGUGUGGGACUCACGCCUUCCAGCCGCUCUGCGCAGCCAUUGACGCCGAGACCUUCACCUUGCCAACCAGCUUCGAGGAGGGGAAGGAGAAGUGUCCUUAUGACCCAGCCCGGGGCUUCACAGGCCUCAUCAUCGAUGGAGGCCUCUACACAGCCACCCGGUACGAAUUCCGGAGCAUUCCCGACAUCCGCCGGAGCCGCCACCCGCACUCCCUGAGGACUGAGGAGGCGCCCAUGCACUGGCUCAAUGAUGCUGAGUUUGUGUUCUCCAUCCUGGUGCGGGAGAGCGAGGCCAGUGCGGUGGGGGACGAUGACAAGGUUUACUACUUCUUCACGGAGCGCGCAGCGGAGGAGGGUUCGGGCAGCUUCGCUCAGAGCCGCAGCAGCCACCGGGUGGCCCGUAUGGCCCGUGUGUGCAAAGGAGACCUGGGAGGGAGGAAGAUCCUACAGAAGAAGUGGACCUCCUUCUUAAAGGCGCGUCUCAUCUGCCACAUCCCACAGUACGAGACCCUGCGUGGUGUCUGCAGCCUGGACGCUGACACCUCCGCCCGCACACACUUCUACGCGGCCUUCACGCUGACCACACAGUGGAAGACCCUGGAGGCCUCAGCCAUCUGCCGCUAUGACCUGACGGAAGUGCAAGCUGUCUUUGCAGGCCCCUACAUGGAGUAUCAGGACAGUGUCCGGCGCUGGGGCCGCUAUGAGGGUGCGGUGCCGGAGCCCCGGCCAGGCUCGUGCAUCACAGAUUCCUUGCGCAGUCAAGGCUACAACUCAUCCCAGGACCUGCCAUCGCUGGUCCUGGACUUUGUGAAGUUGCACCCCCUGAUGGCUCGGCCCGUGGUGCCCACACGCGGACGGCCCUUGCUGCUCAGGCGCAGCGUGCGUUACACACACCUCACAGGGACACCUGUCACCACGCCUGCCGGACCCACCUAUGACCUGCUCUUUCUGAGCACAGCUGAUGGCUGGAUCCACAAGGCUGUGGUCCUGGGCUCUGGGAUGCACAUUAUCGAAGAGACACAAGUGUUCAAGGAGCCCCAAUCUGUGGAGAAUCUGGUCAUCUCUCCGAAGCAGCAUAGCCUCUAUGUGGGGGCUCCUAGUGGAGUCAUCCAACUGCCACUGUCCAGCUGUUCCCGCUAUCGCUCCUGCUAUGACUGCAUCCUGGCCCGGGACCCUUACUGCGGCUGGGACCCCAGCACUCAUGCCUGCAUGGAGACCACCACCAUCAUGGCGAACAGGACAGCACUGAUACAGGAUAUAGAGAGAGGAAACCGAGGCUGUGAAGGCAACAGGGACACAGGGCCGCCCCCACCUCCAAUGAAGACACGCACUGUGCUCCGGGGUGAUGACGUCCUCCUGCCCUGUGACCAGCCAUCCAACCUGGCCCGGGCCUUGUGGCUGCUCAAUGGGAGCGUGGGCCUGAGUGAUGGGCAGGGUGGCUACCGCGUAGGCGUGGAUGGGCUGCUGGUGACAGACACACAGCCCGAGCACAGUGGCAGCUACGAGUGCUUCGCCGAGGAGAAUGGCCUCCGCACCCUGCUGACCUCCUACAGCCUCGUGGUACGGCCUGCCACUCCUGCCCCGGCUCCACAAGCCCCUGCCUUGCCCGGGGCACAGUUGGCAUCUGAUGUGAGGCUGCUCUAUGUGCUGGCCAUCGCUGCCCUUGGCGGCCUCUGCCUCAUCCUGGCUUCCUCCCUCCUCUACGUGGCCUGUCUUCGGGGCGGCAGACGAGGGCACCGGCGGAAAUACUCACUGGCUCGGGCUGGCAGGGCAGGGGGCUCUGCCGUGCAGCUGCAGACAGUCUCCGGCCAGUGUCCAGGGGAGGAAGAUGAGGGUGACGAUGGGGAAGGGCCUGGCGGCCUGGAGAGUGGCUGUCUCCAAAUCAUCCCGGGCGAAGGAGCCCCAGCCCCACCUCCCCCACCCCCGCCACCCCCGCCAGCCGAGCUGACCAACGGGCUGGUGGCACUGCCCAGCCGGCUGCGCAGGAUGAACGGCAACAGCUACAUGCUCCUGAGGCAGAACAACAACGGGGGGCCCACAGGGCCUUGUUCCUUCGCCGAGGAGCUCAGCCGCAUUCUGGAGAAGAGGAAGCACACACAGCUCGUAGAGCACCUGGAUGAGAGCUCGGUCUGA